UCAAUAAAAUUGCAACUUUUUCCAGAAAAUUUUCCUCACUUUCUCGAGAAAUUAAAGUAUUCUGGUUCUUUCUAGCCCCUCCGCAGAUGCCCAAGCAAAAAGCUCAAAAGAAGCAACUCAAAUCCUACAAACUCAAACACAUCAACAGAACGAUUCAAGGGAAUCGUUCGAUAUGGUUUUUCGAUUUGAAGAGGGAGAUGCGGUUUUGAUGCGGUCUUCGGAGCCUGGGAAACCGUCGUACGUGGCGAGGGUGGAGGCGAUCGAGGCGACGGACGCGCGUGGAUCCAACGCGAGGGUUCGCGUGAGGUGGUACUACCGCCCCGAGGAGUCCAUGGGAGGGAGGAGGCAGUUUCAUGGAGCUAAGGAGGUGUUUCUUUCGGAUCACUUUGACUUGCAGAGCGCUGAUACGAUCGAAGGAAAGUGUAAGGUUCACAGUUUCAGUAGCUACACGAAACUCAGCUCUGUUGGAAACGACGACUUCUUCUGUCGUUUUGAGUAUAAUUCUGCAACCGGGGCUUUUAUUCCCGACAGAGUCGCCGUAUUCUGCAAGUGUGAGAUGCCGUACAACCCUGAUGACUUGAUGGUUCAAUGCGAGGAGUGUUCUGAGUGGUUUCACCCUUCUUGUAUAGGAACAACAAUAGAGGCAGCUAAAAAGCUCGAUCACUUCUACUGCGAAGAGUGUUCCCCAGAACUGGAGAACUUGGACAACGCUAAUUCGACUUCCAAAAACACAGAUGCUAAGGUGAAUACAAAGCGCAGCCUGGAGGUAAGCAAGACGAGGAACAAACACGCCAAGCGAUCAGGUUAACAUAAAAACCUCUGAGAGCUAUAUCAUCAUGAUGUAAUCUAUGAAAGAGUUUGUUUUCUUUCCCACUCUACUUUUUUUUCUUUCUUUCUUAAGAAUGUGAGGUUUAGGCUGUUUGGCUUGAUUAGUGACUUGUGUUGUGGCACAAUCUUAUGUAUAGUAUAUUAUAUGUUUUCAUUUCAUCUGCUUUAAGCUGUGACAUAAUGAAGCUGAGUGAAAGGUAUGUUUAUAAAAAGAAACAGAGAGAGAGAGGUCACUUGUUUGUU